GGCGGCCGGGUGGUCGUGGCUCGCUCGUUUGCUGACUUCACUCCUCAGGUGACCUUUGACAUCAAGAAAUGCGAUCUGCACGGGCUGGAGGAGGGCCCCCCCCUGCGGGCGGAGCUGACCCGGGAGCAGGGCCUGCAGUAUUACCGCACCAUGCACACGGUGCGGCGCAUGGAGCUGAAGGCCGACCAGCUCUACAAGCAGAAGAUCAUCCGCGGCUUCUGCCACCUGUACGACGGCCAGGAGGCGUGCGCCGCCGGCAUCGAGGCCGCCAUCACGCCGUCUGACCACCUGAUCACGGCCUACCGGGCGCACGGAUACACAUUCACCCGCGGCGUGCCGGGAGGCUCCAUGCACAUGUACGCGCCACAUUUCUACGGCGGGAACGGCAUCGUGGGCGCCCAGGUGCCGCUGGGGGCGGGGAUUGCUCUGGCCUGCCAGUACCAGGGCACCGACCAGGUGUGCGUGACGCUGUACGGGGACGGAGCGGCCAAUCAGGAGGCGUGCGCCGCCGGCAUCGAGGCCGCCAUCACGCCGUCUGACCACCUGAUCACGGCCUACCGGGCGCACGGAUACACCUUCACCCGCGGCGUGCCGGGAGGCUCCAUGCACAUGUACGCGCCACAUUUCUAUGGCGGGAACGGCAUCGUGGGCGCCCAGGUGCCGUUGGGGGCGGGGAUUGCUCUGGCCUGCCAGUACCAGGGCAACGACCAGGUGUGCGUGACGCUGUACGGGGACGGAGCGGCCAAUCAGGGUCAGAUCUUCGAGGCCUUCAACAUGGCCGCCCUGUGGAAGCUGCCCUGCAUCUUCGUGUGUGAGAACAACCAGUACGGCAUGGGCACCUCGGUGGAGCGCGCCGCCGCCAGCACCGACUACUAUCGCCGCGGCGACUACAUCCCGGGGAUCAGGGUGGAUGGGAUGGACGUGUUGUGUGUGCGGGAGGCCGCCAAGUUUGCAGCGGAUCACUGCCGAGCCGGAAAGGUGGAUGGGAUGGACGUGUUGUGUGUGCGGGAGGCCGCCAAGUUCGCUGCGGAUCACUGCCGAGCCGGAAAG